UUUUAUUGUAUUUAUAAGAAAAUGGGAACGUCUCACUAUUGGGGUACUCUACUCUACUCUACACUCUACACUACAUAAUUAACAUUUUCUGUUCACCCUUGCAGAUCCUGUCAAAGAGUCACCUGUCCAAACAUUGAUACACCUGAUUUACCGAACCCAAAGGCACUUUUAAGAGCCUCUAUCUCUAUCCAUCUAUCUGUCUAUCUGUCUGUCCAUCUAUCUAUUUAUCUAUAUCUAUCCAUCUAUCCAUCUAUCUAUCCAUCUAUCUAUCUAUCUAUCUCGACCUCUCGCAAUGCCAGGGGGGUCUACAAAAAAGAUUUGUCCCUUCUGUCAGGGUAUUUUAUUUUGCGCACAGAAGAUCUGCUUGAAUUGUAAAAAGGAGCAGCCUCUGAAGCAGCGACUCAAGAAGAAGCUUCAGAGGUUUGAUGAGAAGCGAGAGGAAUGGGUGGUUGGUCAUAAGAAGAACCACAACAUUGCAUCCAUCAAGGAUGAAGCAAUUGUCAUGCUUGAGAAACUCCAUGCCAUUGGAUACAAGCCAGUUUUGCUUCUUGGCAAGGAGACCAAAAAGAAAGAAAACAAGUGUGAAAUAUUAACCCCUCGCUGCACACUCUCCACCUAUGCCCAGGACUACCUUCAGAAGAUAGGUUCAUUUUAUGAAUACCUCUGUGAAGGUUGGAACCAGGAUUCCAGUGGCAAUGAUGAUCAUCUGAUUACUCUGCACCUCACACCCUGUGACUCAUUGGAGAACACAAGCAGCCGGGAGGAGGUGAGGACCAUACAGGUGGAAGAGACAAGGAACAUGCUGGUGGAGCAGGCGACCAUUAUGGAGGGGCAGGCGGAGCAGAUGAGCGUCACGGAGGGGCAGACGGAGCAGGUGACUAUUAUGGAGGGGCAGGUGGAGCAGGUGAGCAUCACGGAGGGGCAGACGGAGCAGGCGACCAUUAUGGAGGGGCAGGCAGAGCAGAUCAGCACUACAGUGGGGCAGGUGGAGCAGAUGAGCAUCACGGAGGGGCAGGCGGAGCGGGCGACCAUUAUGGAGGGGCAGGCGGAACAGAUGAGCACUAUGGAGGGACAAGGGUCAGCCAUGGGCACAGUUGAUCUCACUAACAAAAAUAAAAAGUCAGUGGGGUCCUUCUGGGUCUCCUACCAUAGCGUCCCUUUUCAUUCAGAUAGCGAUGGAUAGUGCGAGCUGACACUGUUGUAUCCUGUGCCUGCAGGUCAGCUUCAAUUUGUUUAGAAGUUGACCGAGGUUCUUUAUCCACUCUUUGAUCAAUCCUUCGUUGCAAUCUUUCAUCAAUUUUUCUAAUUCGUCCACAUCCAGGGAUAUUAGCUACAGUGCCAUGGGCUGUAAACUUCUUGACAGUGUUGUGCACAGUGGAAACAGGAACAUUAAGAUGUCUGGAGAUGUACUUGUAUCCUUGAGACUGUUCAUGCUUUUCCACCAUGUUUGUUCUCAAAUCCUCAGACAAUAUUUCACUCUUCUUUCUUUUCUCCAUA